AUGGCCCCGCCACAGAAGCAAUACAGGACAGAGGAGGGUGGACGUUGGAAAUGUGGCGUUGUAUACAGAGCCGGAACGGACACCAGCGAUCCAUUGGUAUCCGAUGCGGUACGGGCGUACCAUGCCUUGGGCGAGAGAUUUGCUGAGGCUAUGCAGGGCGACGCUAGGCCUGAAGAACGUUUGGAACUUAUAUCUCAGGCUGCGCGGCAAGCAAUGAAGGAUCCGGUUGUUGUCGCCAUGUUCCGUUCUGUUGAGCCCGCCUCUUCGCCUCUGCCAUCCAUCAUGCCUAAGCAGGAGACAGAUGGACUGAGCGAAAGGAGUUGGAGCCGAUCUCGACGGAGACCCUCAUCUCACGCCGACAGCCGAACUCGUCCGUUGUCUCGCAGUCGCAGUCCUCACCGUUUCCACGGAGAAUAUCUGAUGAGAAAUAAUCCCGGACUACAACGUAUACAAGCAGAAGACCCCAUCGCAUGGGAUGAUGAAGUGGACCAGAGUACCCCUGUUCCUUGGGAUACCGUCGGUCAGCGGACUAUCUCAUCACCUGUUCCACCACCCCCACCACCCGGAAGACCUCGAGUCUCAUCACAUGAUAAUCCUUUCAUCCCCUCCCCCGUACAUUUGCCACAGAGAACAGAACCGAGGGAUCCUUACUUCUAUACGAGAAGGCACUAGGGCCUCAUACUCCAGAUAUGCAAUAAUUGUGUCGAUGUUCGUGAACGCAUCCCGGUAGUGUCAUGUCAGAGCAGUGAGCUGAAUCAGCAUGUGCAGAUAUAAUAUACUCGAUGCCCUGAAGUUGCUGGAGUCUUCUGGAGUAUUAGCGCUGCGCUAAUAGCGCAUACUCCCGUGAUAUUUUGAGUACCCGAGUCUGAGGUAAUUACACGUCUCGGGUGCUAGUCCGAGGCCAAAUUGCGCUUCCAGUACGAUUUCCUUGUU